AACUAAAAAAAACAAAUAAAUUUAAAUAAAAACUACACUUAAUAAAAAUUAUAUUCAUGUCGGAGCAAUAUUCAAAAGAAGAUCUGGACAACCUGUUUGAACAGCUGAACCACCCAAGAUCCCUCGAAGAAGAAAAUAUAGAUGAUGAAUAUGUCCCUGAAGCACUGACGACAACGUCAUCCACACCAAUAUCGAAAUACGUCCCAACUCCGCUCACGGCUGGACCUAAGCCACUAACAAUAGAAGCUUACAAAAAAAGACAGAUUAAAAAUGAUAGCACAGAGCAUAGUGCACCAAAACAAAAAAUCAGAGGAGGUAAGGCGGUGAAAUUACGAAGGAAGAUUGGUGAGCUUCACAGGGUAAUUCCAUUAGCCACUGGAGAGAACAAACGAAAACUAAUUGCGGAACUGAUAGAAUUAAAGAAAAAUAAACAUAACAACUGAGGCAUGGUUUGGA